GAAAACGAGCACGUCGACAUUGACUUUGAGUUCUUCGAUCCCAAACCCGAAGACUUCCAUUCACUCAAACGCCUUCUUCAGGGCGGCUUUGGCGAUGAUGCCGAGGACUUUGAUAUCAGCGCACUGGCUGACCUCAUCCUGGACCAAAAAACCAUUGGCUCAACGGUCAAGAUGGAAACUAACGGGGAACCCUACGCUCUGUUCACUGUACUCAAUAUGCAGCACCAUAAGGAGACAAAGGUCAUGCAGCAGAUCUCCGCUUAUUUGCUGAAAAAGGCCGGCGCCAAAAGGGAGAAGCUGCGGGAGAUUCUGGAAUCACACACGGUUGGGCUUUUGUUCAACGAGCGUGUAGUCAAUAUGCCGCCGCAGAUUGUUCCGCCAAUGCUGCGAAUGCUUAUGGAGGAGCUGGAGUGGGCGGUGGAGGAUGGCGAGCCGUAUAAUUUUGAUUAUUACUUGAUCCUGGCACCGAUGUACAAGGAGACGGAGGAGCUGGAGAGUGGCGGCCGUAAGGUUGGGCUGGACGCCUUUGUGCAUGCUGAGGAUGAGUUUAUUGAGGAGUUCGCUGGAAUCAAGUUUGAUUACAAGUUCACUAGGUCGAAGCGCGUGGCGGACUCACGCAAUUCGUUUGCGGAUACUGGGCUGGCUCCGUCAAGGCGCUGCUUGGUUGUGCACAAGUCAAAGGUUAAGGACAUGAUU